AUGGCUACCAGGGAAACUGAGGAUCAGCAGAAACUCCGAUUUCAGAUUGAGUUGGAAUUUGUGCAGUGUUUGGCAAAUCCCAACUAUUUGAACUUCCUUGCUCAGAGAGGUUACUUCAAGGACCAAGCUUUUGUGAACUACCUCAAGUACCUCCAGUACUGGAAGGAACCUGGAUAUGCAUGUUUCCUGAAGUACCCCAUGUGUCUCCAUUUCCUCACACUUCUUCAGUAUGAGACCUUUCGAAAAGAACUUGUGAGCAGCCAGUGUGCUAAGUUCAUUGAUGACCAGCAGUUGCUUCAUUGGCAGCAUUAUACAAGGAAGCGGAUCAAGCUUCUUGAAGACGUGACUGAAAAGUCUCAGGCCUCCUCUACUAUUGCAAAGAAUUAA